UUCAGCGAUGACUCAAGCGCGCAAAUAUUCGCUGGCAGCUGCGCUUUCAAACGGCAGCGUUUUGGGGGUCAUGGAGCAAAAAACGAGGCGAUCUUCUCUGUGACGGGCGACCUGCUGCAGUGCCGAAACCGACGGAGAAAGAAGUGCGAAUCAGAAGGUCCGACAUGCUGCUAUUGGCUCUCAUCGUGCUCCUCCUCCCCUGUGCGGCCAAUCAGCCCGUGCACAACACAACUAGGAGGAGCAAACUUCUGGUGAUCGACGCCUCCAAACUGGUGUGCAGCCUGCCGGGGCCUGCUGGGCCACCUGGAGUACCCGGGGCCCCCGGAGCUGGUGGGUCUACUGGCGUGAUUGGACCACCUGGUAAGGAUGGCAAAGAUGGGCAGGAUGGAGACAGAGGAGCCAAAGGAGAAGAAGGCCUGCCAGGCAAACCAGGAACUCCAGGCAAACCCGGAGCAAAAGGCAGACAGGGCGUCAUCGGCAAGGCUGGUCCUCGGGGCCUGAAGGGGCUUCAGGGUGACCUCGGCAAGUCGGGGACAGCUGGCCUGAAAGGAGAGACAGGUGAUGGAGGCGAGAUUGGACUACCGGGAGUCUGUCGCUGUGGGGCCAAUAUGGCCAGGUCAGCGUUCUCUGUGGCCGUUACCAAGAGUUACCCCCAAGAAAGGAAGCCCAUCCUGUUUAACAAAGUGCUGAUGAAUGAGGGCAGCCAUUACAAUGCCAGCACUGGGAAGUUUGGGUGUGCCAUUCCUGGCAUCUACUACUUCACCUACGACAUCACGCUGGCCAACAAGCACUUGGCAAUUGGACUGGUGCACAAUGGACAGUAUAAGAUCAAGACUUUUGAUGCCAACACAGGCAACUAUGAUGUGGCUUCCGGGUCUACGGUCCUUCAUCUCAAGCAAGGGGAUGAGGUCUGGCUUCAGAUCUUUUAUUCGGAGCAGAACGGCCUCUUCUUUGACCCCUACUGGACAGACAGCUUGUUCACCGGAUUUCUAAUCUAUCCAGACCAGGACUUCAUCAAUGCCAUUGAUGAGGGAGAGAACUGAGGAGGCUCCUGCUUUGUACAGAAUCGCGUUUAAUUUAGAGCCUCGGUGGGUGACAUUCAUCGAAUAAAGGACGAGGUCCCCGACGUGGCUUCAGCACAAGCGGGAGGAGACCCUGGGACCUCCAGACGUUUUGGGAAAGA